AAGAAGAAGAAGAAGAUGUAAAAACCAUAUUUAGGUUUAUAGAAUUCAAAUAUUUCAUUCAUUUGAUUAAGAUAAAAGGAUAUAUACAUUUUUGUAUCUUACUGUCUUGCAAAAGUUAUGUUAAUCUUUUAAUGCAACUGAUGUUUUUUAAUACACUCACAUCUCACACCACCCUGCAUAUUUUUGUUGUCAACUUAGCUGAAAUAAGCUUGACUUUUUUCAUUUAUUUUUCUAUCACAAGUGUUGUUUUAUGCUUCACAUGAUUUGAAUAGUUAUUCUGAACUAAAGAUAAAAUACAUAAAGUGUAUUGGAAAUAGUUUACAUUUUCCAUAAAUAUUGGAUAUUAAACUAAUCUAGCAUCAAUAAACUAACAAAUCGGCCAUGAAUUUAUCUAUUCAUUUAGCUUUUAUCCCCAAAAUUUUCUUUGAGCCCUGAAGUUAUUUAAAUCAUUGCAACUUUGUCCUUCUAUCAAGUGCCAUAUGGCUACCCUCGAAAGGUUGCUGCCAUUGGUCAUUGGUCAUUCCAAUUGGCAUAUGAAGGUCUCAAUGGCCUGUAAAGAUCUAAAUUAGCAAUUUUCACUGUUUUAUGAAUAGUUAUAAAAUCCCAAAGGCAUCCAUUAGCUAAGGACGUGGCAUAGGCUAUCAUGUUUGAACAACUAUGUGGCACUUGACAUGAGGAUUAAUUUGCAUUAAGUUAAAUAUUUACAGGGCCUUGCUCAAGCACAACUACGAAUUCAGGAACUAAGGAUCUUCUUUGUUAUUUGGAGCUUCUCACAGAGACAGUAAACCCGACAAGUCUGGUAUGGAGGAAUCAACAAACUCCACAUCCUCUGCUUCAAACCUCUAUAAGCAGUCCUCUAAGCGGCUUUUGUUUGACCGACGCUAUGGUUGGGUAAUUGAUGAAUGGAAAGAUCCAUCAGAGGAAGCACUUGAGGGUGGCCGAGGAAUGUUUUGCAUAUUGCCACUUGUCAAAGCUCUGGGGCUGAAGACCUCACAAUCGAUCAAUCUCUCAGCAACAUUGGUCACAAGAGCUUCUGCAAAUCCGCAGUGGUUUUCCCAUCAGACUCUGCAGGCAGCUUUUGAUGAUUGUCUUCGCAAUUUUUUGUCCCUGAAAAAGGCAGCAUGCAAGUUUAACAUCCUUGACAAGAAUUGUCACCCGGAUGCUUUCAACCACUCUUCCCAGCCACAAGUAGAAAGUGAAGAAUGACGAGUGCAUAGUUACUCUCUCUUUAUUGCCCAGAAAAAAGAUGCAUACAUAUACACACACAUGUAUGUACAUACACAUAUAUCUAUAUGUAUGUAUUUGGUGACAAGCUACCUAGUUUUUGUAGUAACAACUGCUCUUGAUUUAAGCUCGGUUGAGUCUCAUUGAUGAAAACUUUCCUAGUGUAUGCGCGUGUUUUGUCCAAAUCUGCAAGGUUUGAAAUUGAGAUGUUGCUUCAAUGGAUGGAGUCCUCUACCAUUCAACUCAACUGCCACUGUAAGUUACUUUUGUAGUAAAAGGAAAAGUUGGCAUUUUAGUGAUUCAACCUGGAGAUUACGGGUCAUUGUAUGAUAUAUGAAUAAAAAGCCAUGGUUUUAGCAUUGUUU